AUGGAGAGGUUUUCGAAAGACCAACGCGUUAUAAUUGUGAAAACUCGUUACAAAAUUGGGGAAAGUUACGCUGAAACCGCUCGCAAACUGCGCCAAAUUUUCAGCCGAGAAAGUGCACCCAAUGUGUCAACCAUUCAAAGAGUGGUUAAAAAAUUUGAAGAAACUGGUUCAAUUAUGGAUAAUAAGAAUCCUUUGCGUCAACGUACCGGAGCUCAAACCAGCAGAAAGCGCUGGCAAUUCGUUCAAUGGGUAAUGGAGCAAAGUGAAGUCGAUACCAAUUUUUCGGAAAAAGUUAUUUUCUCCGAUGAAGCGCAUUUUCAUUUGGAUGGCUUCGUGAAAACACAAAAUUGUCGAAUUUGGGACUCAGAAAAUCCUCAUGCAAUCCAUGAGAAACAAAUGCACCCACAACGAGUAACUGUCUGGUGCAGAUUUUGGUCAGGCGGCGUGAUUGGACCUUACUUUUUUGAAAAUGAGGCCGAAAUUGCAGUGACUGUGAACGGCAUUCGUUACAGGAAUAUGAUAACGGACUUCUUGUGGCCUCAACUAGACGGCAUGGAUCUGGACAACAUGUGGUUUCAGCAGGACGGCGCAACCUGCCACACCGCGCAUGAAACAAUCGACUUAUUACAGCAACGAUUUCCAGAACACAUUAUCUCACGAAACUCUGAUGUCAACUGGCCACCAAGAUCGUGUGAUUUAACGCCGUACGAUUUUUUUCUUUGGGGUUUUGUGAAAUCUCGGGUUUAUGCGAAUAAACCCGAAACAAUUCCUGAGCUCAAAUCGGAAAUCCAACGCGUCAUCGGUGAGAUACAGCCACAUCUCUGUGCAAAAGUCAUGGAAAAUUUCAUGAAAAGAGUAAUGGCCUGUCAUCGGAGCCGUGGGGGUCAUUUGCCGGAUAUUUUAUUCCAUACUUAA